AUGAGCAAAUAUAUUUAUACAUUUGGUGAUGGCAAAGCAGAAGGCAGCGCAGCUUUGAAGAAUCUUUUGGGAGGCAAAGGAUCUGGAUUAGCAGAAAUGAAUUUGAUUGGCAUUCCUGUACCACCAGGAUUCACAAUUACAACAGAUGCUUGCAAUUUGUACACUAAGAACGGUGCUGAAUCCACUUUCGCUCUCAUCAAGGCUGAUGUUGAGAAAGCACUUCAUUAAGUAGAAGAAUUGACUAAGAUGGAAUUUGGCUCAGCUGAAAACCCCUUACUUGUUUCCGUCAGAUCCGGAGCCAGAGUUUCAAUGCCUGGUAUGAUGGACACAAUUCUUAAUCUUGGAUUAAAUGAUGUCUCAGUAGAGGGAUUGAGCAAGAGAACUAACAACCCAAGAUUUGCAUGGGAUUCAUACAGAAGAUUCAUUCAAAUGUUCAGUGACAUUGUCUUGGACAUGAAGCCAACCACCAAGGAAGACAUCGAUCCAUUUGAAGAAAUCAUCGAAAGUGUCAAACAUGCUAAGGGAGUCAAAUAAGAUACCGAACUUGAUGUUGACGAUCUUAAGACUCUCGUUGCCAAGUACAAGGUUGCUGUCAAAGCCAAAACAGGAAAAGAUUUCCCAUAAGAGCCAGAAUAAUAAUUAUGGAAAGCUAUUUAAGCUGUGUUUGAUAGUUGGAACAAUGAUAGAGCCAAAUACUACAGAAUUCUUAACAAGAUCCCUGAAGAUUGGGGAACUGCAGUCAAUGUCUAAGCUAUGGUUUUCGGUAACAUGGGAAAUACAUCAGCUACAGGAGUUGGAUUCACUAGAGAUGCAUCAACUGGAGAAAAUAUUUUCAAUGGAGAGUAUUUGAUCAAUGCCUAAGGAGAAGAUGUCGUUGCAGGUAUCAGAACACCAUAAUAAAUCACUUUGAUUGGAUCAAAGAGAUGGGCUGAAUCAUAAGGAGUCCCUGAAGAUGUCAGAAAAAAUCAAUUCCCAUCAUUGGAAGAAUCAUUACCAGAAACAUACUAAGAAUUGAAGAAUGUCUAAGAAAAAUUAGAAUAACACUUCAAAGAUAUGUAAGAUAUUGAAUUCACAAUUCAAAAUGGAAAAUUAUGGUUAUUAUAAUGCAGAAGUGGUAAAAGAACUGGUGCUGCCAUGGUUUAAAUUGCUUGUGAUUUAUUAAGAGAAGGAAAGAUUGAUGAAAAGACAGCUCUUAAGAGAAUUGAACCAAAUAAAUUAGAUGAAUUAUUACAUCCAAUUUUCACACCAGAAGCUUUGAAGACAGCCAAAUUUGUUGCCAAGGGAUUACCAGCAUCUCCAGGUGCAGCUUCAGGAUAAAUUGUUUUCUUUGCUGAUGAAGCCAAGAAAUUUGCUCAAAGUAUUUUAGUAAGAAUUGAAACAUCUCCAGAAGAUUUGGAAGGUAUGAACAUUGCCAGAGGUAUUUUGACAGCCAGAGGAGGUAUGACAUCACAUGCUGCUGUCGUUGCAAGAGGUAUGGGUAAAUGCUGUGUUUGUGGUGCUGGAUCUUUGAAUAUCAAUUACAAAUAAAGAACACUUGAAGUUAACGGAAAGGUUUAUGCUGAAGGUGAUUGGAUUUCAUUGAAUGGAUCAACAGGAGAUGUCUUUGAAGGAAAAUUAUAAACAUAAGAAGCAUAACUCAGUGGAGAUUUCGGUUUGAUUAUGGAUUGGGCUGAGAAAUACACUAGAAUGUAUGUUAGAACUAAUGCAGACACACCAAAGGAUGCUUAAAUUGCUAGAAAAUUCGGUGCCAAGGGUAUUGGAUUGACAAGAACUGAACAUAUGUUCUUUGAAGGAGAAAGAAUCAAAGCUAUGAGAGAAAUGAUUUUAGCAUCAGAUUUGACUGGUAGAUAAGCUGCAUUGGCUAAAUUAUUACCAUNACAAGUACAAGGUUGCUGUCAAAGCCAAAACAGGAAAAGAUUUCCCAUAAGAGCCAGAAUAAUAAUUAUGGAAAGCUAUUUAAGCUGUGUUUGAU